AUUCGUGCCAGGAGCAGAGGCUGUUCCCGCGGUUCGUGUUGAUCUCGGGCGCGGUGGCGUUCCUGACGGUGGUCCUGCUGCUCGUGUCCUUGUGGAAACUGCGCAGAGUCAAGAAGCUCCUGAUGCCCAGCGUCCCCGACCCCAAGUUCACCUUCCCCGGGCUGUUCGAGUCCCACCGAGGCAACUUCCAGGAGUGGAUCAAGGACACGCAGAACGUGGCCUCGCUGAACAAGACGGACGACGGGGAGCAGGAGUGCUUCCUGGAGGAGGCCCUGGAGGUGCAGCCAGCCAAGGCGGAGGCCGAGACGCCCACGGGGACGCCGACGGGGGAGGAAGAGGCGGCUGCUGACCCCAGUCAGCUCCCUCGCCGGUUUCCCCCCGGCGGAGAGGCCGUCUCUCUGGGGGACUUCACUUUUGUGAUGACUGACAACUCAUACAUGAUGUUAUGAGGGGGUGCAAACUCAAAAGCCAACAUGGGGUCCCCCCACACCCCAUGGCCACUCGGCUCCUUCGUUACACCACAGGUGGACCCAGCAAGCCGGGCCGGGCGGGAACAGAAUCCUGCUCUCCAGAUCCUACCUACCAGCCGUCCAGCUCUUAUUCUGAAAGGGGGAGUCAGUUGGCAACCAUGGGGACAUUUCCCCGGACCUUCAGUUUUUCUUCCCGAACCCACCCUCCUGACGUCCCUCUGCAUCUAAGACAUAUUUAAAUUGAAAAUCGGUCCCUUGAAACAUCUCUCCAUCCAGUGCGUGUAUUUUUUUUCCA